AUGCGGACCUUCGCUGUUUUCUGCUCGUUGGCUUUCAGCUGCUUUGCAAGCCCAGUAGUUCAGCAAAAAUCGGCCUCAGAACUGGCUACCGUUGGGUAUGCAGUUGACCUUUCUCAGGGAGUGACACUUUCAGGAUUCCAAUGCAUUCGACAGAGUCUGUAUGGUGUAGCGUUUAUCAGAGGCUACUCUCCUGCUGGACAAGGUCAGCUCGAUCCAUAUGCAUGCGCAAACAUCCAGAAUGCUAAUUUAGCUGGUCUUGGAACUGAGGUUUACAUGACCCCACUGCCGUUUUCUACAAAGACUGGCAUUCAACAAUUUGAUGAGAUGUAUGGAGGACUCAAGAAUGCGAAUAUAAAUGUUCGAUCCAUAUGGGUCCAGGUCACCUCACCAGUCAACUGGUACUCCAGUAGCACAACCAAUAUCAACUUCCUAAACAGUAUUCUUUCAAGAGCCAGCCAAUACGGGCUUUCUAUUGGUAUUUAUACGAGCGUAUACGACUGGAAUAAAAUCACCGGUGGAGCUACUGUCACUAACGCCAUGCUCUGGUAUUCGAACGUCUAUGGUUCUGGUGUUACUAACGAAUCACCAGCAGACUACAGUGAUUUCCGCUCAUUUGGCGGUUGGACCACGCCGACCGUCAAACAGUUUGCACAGGUUGAGACCGUGUGCGGUGUCACCGUCAACAGGGAUAUCUACACUGUUUCCUCAACGUCAAAGUCCGCCAGCAUGGCUAAAUUUGAGAAGUCCGGAGAAAUCGUGGUCGGCAACUUUGGGCUCGAAAACAUCGGCUCAGGAAAAGUUGAGAUCAAGCAGUGA